CACACACACACACACACACACACACACACACACACACACACACAGUGCUCUUAACACACAAAAGCUCACUCUCAGAGCCAUGUCCCUCUAUACAGAGUCACUCACUCCUAUUUGCUUCUGGAACUUCAGCACCCCCUUUUCCUAUAGGUGACAGUGCCAACCACCAUGUUCUCAGGCCAGUGGUGGCCAAGUAUUUGGAAAAAUCUAGGACUGAGUCUACAAAGCCCUUCUCAGGGGCCGGAGCUCUGUGCCCUUUAUCCCUUUGCUUAUACAGGGGCAGAUGGCCGGCAGGUGUCUCUGGCCGAAGGUGACAGGUUCCUACUGCUUCGAAAGACCAACUCAGACUGGUGGUUGGCAAGGCGCCUGGGAGCGCCCCUCAGCUCUCGGCCCAUCUUUGUUCCAGCUGCAUAUGUGACAGAAGAAUCAGUCUCCUGCCACGACCCAGCAGGCAGUACCCACAACAGCUCCCUCUGGACUCCCGGAACAAGGCUGUACCGUGGCUCCCUGGAGGAUCUCUACCUAUCUCAGGAACACCAGGUUGUUCCUGGGCAGUCUCCUCACUGUUCCCACAAAAUGUGCAGAAGUGUCAGCAUGGCCAAUGUGAAGCUCUGCUCUCUGAAACCCUUCAAGGAAGGGCCCCAAGAAAGGUUUCUCUCUCAGGACGGUUGGAGGGCAGAAGCCAGUGCUAAAUCUGGCUCCAUGGAGCACACAGAGGCUUUGAUCAGGGACAGCAAUCCUCUGCAACAUCAGGAAUGGCUGGAUGCACAGGAUUUACCAAGCCUCAGCCAAAGCAUCCCAUGGCCUGAUGUCUCAGAACAACCCGGAGCCUUGAGGCCCUGUCCACACGUGAGGUGGCUUACAGACAGUACCCCAUACCCUUCCCAGGAGGAAAGGUCAGGCCUGCUCAACAUGACCAAGAUUGCUCAAGGAGGGCGCAAACUCAGGAAGAGCUGGGGCCCUGCUUGGGUAGUGUUAACUGGUAACAGCCUUGUGUUCUACCGAGAGCGGCCACCGCAGUCUGCACCCUCCCAAGGCUGGGCGCCGGCUGGGAGCAGACCAGAAAGUAGCGUGGACCUGCGCGGGGCGGCCCUGGCCAGCGGGCGCCAGCUGUCCAGCCGCCGGAACGUCCUGCACAUCCGCACGGUCCCCGGCCAUGAGUUCCUGCUGCAGUCGGAUGAGGAGACCGAGCUGAGAGCCUGGCACCGCGCGCUGCGGGCGGUCAUCGAGCGGCUGGAUCGGGAGAACCCCCUGGAGCUGCGUCUGUCUGGCUCCGGACCCGCUGAGCUGGCGGAGUUGAGCGGUGGUGAGGAUGACGAAUUGGAGUCGGAACCCGUGUCCAAGUCCCUGAUGAGGCUUGGCAGCCGCAGAACUUCCAGUCGGUGUGCAGAGGGCACUGACCAGAAGAACCGCGUGCGGAACAAGUUAAAGCGGCUAAUCGCCAAGAGACCAACCUUACAGAGCCUGCAGGAGCGAGGCCUGUUCCGAGACCAGGUUUUUGGCUGCCAGUUGGAGUCGCUGUGCCAACGGGAAGGGGAUACCGUGCCCAGCUUUGUCCGGCUUUGUGUUGAGGCUGUGGAUAAAAAAGGUCUAGAUGUGGAUGGCAUUUACCGGGUGAGUGGGAACCUGGCAGUGGUCCAGAAACUCCGCUUCCUGGUAGACAGAGAACGGGCAGUGACCUCCGAUGGGAGAUACAUGUUCCCAGAACAGCCAGGACAAGAAGGAAAAUUAGAUUUAGACAGUGCUGAAUGGGAUGAUAUUCACGUGAUCACUGGAGCUUUGAAGCUUUUUUUCCGGGAGCUGCCACAGCCUCUGGUGCCUGCGUUGUUGCUGCCUCAUUUUCGGGAUGCCCUUGAACUUUCUGAGCCAGAGCAGUGCCUCUCUAAAAUACAGAAAUUAAUAGACUCGUUGCCGAGGCCCAACCAUGACACUCUGCAGUACGUCCUGGAACAUCUGUGCAGAGUGAUCGCACACUCGGAUAAGAACCGAAUGACUGCCCACAACCUGGGAAUUGUGUUUGGACCGACGCUGUUUCGACCUGAGCAGGAGGCUUCCGAUAUGGCGGCCCACGUGGUCUACCCUGGGCAGCUGAUCCAGCUGAUGCUCAACAACUUUGCUAGCCUCUUCACCUGACUCUGGAGAGGAGGGAGGAGGAAGGCCCUACCUGUGAUUUGUCAGCUAGCCUUUGGAGGGGACUCGCAGGUUUUCUGUUCUGAAGAUAACCUGUAAAUGUCCUCCAAAGGACUCUCCAUUUCCCACCGCCCGAGUCUCACUUGAGCUCUUGGCUGAGAGGGGUUGCCGAAGAGGAAGGUGUCCGAGCUUACUUCCGCUCUCCCCGACGUGACGCACGACGCUUGUUCUCAGCGUUCCUUUAUUGUCAGGAAACUGUGUCAUCAUUAAAGUUUUUUUUUUUUUCCUGGAACAUACAUAGACUAAAUACAGCCCCCAACCCAAACCUCCCA